AUGGCUGCAUUGGAAGCGGCAGCCGGGCUGAAGAUCUUCGCGAUGAAUAGCAAGUCUAUUCAAGCUCGUGCCGGCUACAGGAAGAUACAAAAGGCCGCCAAGCUCGCAAGAGAGAAGGGACUGAAAUACAUCUGGAUAGACACCUGUUGUAUUGGCAAAAGUAGCAGCGCGGAGCUACAGGAAGCAAUCAACUCAAUGUAUCGAUGGUAUCAGCAAUCCUGCUUCUGUAUGGUUCACCUGGAAGAUGCAGAUUCCGUGCGAGACCCGGACUCUGUUUUGCGCCGCCGUUAUGAUAUUGCAACAAUAUUACGUACAUCCCGAUGGAUCACUAGAGGCUGGACUUUACAAGAACUCAUCGCACCCAAGGCUCUCGCAUUCUAUGAUCAAGAUUUCUCACUCAUUGGCUCCAAGAAAGACCGUGCAUACAGCCUCAUGGGCCUGUUUGGUAUUCAUAUGCCUAUGCUGUACGGUGAGGGUGACAAUGCAUUUAGACAGUUGCAGGAAGAGAUCAUGAGAAGGACUCCUGACGACUCAAUCUUCGCAUGGAAGGCACCUGAUGGGUCGCUAUCCAGAUAUUGUGGAUUGUUAGCCAUGUCGCCCGAUGACUUCGAAGGAUCUCAGGGUAUCGAGCAGGGCCGUGGUCAAUUCGCUACAUCAAGUUUGGGCCUCAGAAUUGAGGCACGGUUUUGUCCUUUGCUGGACGAAAUCUCUGGCGAGAUGUGGGACGAUUCGAUCUUCGCCCUUCCGCUGGGUGCGAUAGAGAAAGGAAGAAUAAUUGCUCUGCUCAUUCGACGACUGAGUGCAUCGCACUACACAAGAGUUGCAGCCAACACGUUCAGUCAUCGGCUCAAUGAUAACGGCAAGCCAGAGGCAAUUUAUAUCGAACACACUCCAAAGAUUCCAAAGAUAUUCCGAAGCCGUGCGAUGCAUUGCUUUCAGUUCAAGUUCGACUCUACAGUAUACCGUAUCCGAAGUGCACAGCCAAAGCAGUUGUGGGAUCCAAUCCAUAGCGACCUUUCAAUCGAUCCCGAGUUUUGUACAAACAACGGUUCAGAUAACAACGGGUAUCCAGGUGCACCCGUAUUCUACGGCACGGUUCGGCUGUAUUACCAAAACCGCAACUUUCCUUUGGCUUGUUCGAUCAACUUCGGGCAUAAUCUUGUGACCGGCCGUGUAUGGUUGAAGCUUUUGGGCUCUGCUUCUACACCCGUCGAACCGAAUUGGCGAACCGUAUGUCAGGAACCCAAAAGCUAUGAUGAGCUGCUGCGCCCAGAGCCACUUGUUCAGGUUCUGAAUAUUUCGAACUCCGAGGCAGUCAGAGUGACGGUUCAUUAUGGCUUGCAUCGCGGUAUGAUAUCCUAUAUUGUCCAUAUUGUUCAGCAGAAGUACAUGUUGCCCCCUGUUUUGAGAACAUAG